AACAAAAAGACGAAAUAAUAGGCCAUUCAGUCUCACUGCUACUGGUAAUUGUUAUCCAAACAUUAAAUAAUUUAUUUGCACACUAUCGUACUUUGGACAUGAAAAGCACUUGUAGAUCGAAGUAAAGUUCGUGGCAAACAUUUAUUUCAAGAACCAAGUAGAUCUGUUUGUAAUUCGCCAGAUUUGUAGAUCGUCCAUUCUAUCAGUGCCCCUGUAGACUGUAGAUUGACAAUAUCUUACGAGAAAGAGGCUGAAGAACUGACUGGUUAAUCAUCUCACUCUGAGAGGAGUGUGCUAAGGGACUUUGCUCUUUUGCAUUUAGAGAGUAGACAAGAUGGCGAACCCUGAAAUGAGUAACGUUCCUCGGAGUAUGGCUGCCCACAUCAGGAAUACCUACCCAUACGAGGGAAUUCACCUAGCACCCUAUAUGACGGCAGAUGAUAUCGCAGGCAUUCGGAACAUGGAAGUUCGAGAAGAUGACGUCAUCUUGACUACCUACCCAAAAUGCGGUACACACUGGAUGUUGGAGAUAUUGACCCUUGUCAAAAGUUUGGGUGUCCAAGUUUCAAGCCAUGAACGCUCCGAACAAUCAGCUCAUUUACUCGAGAUUCCAGCUUGGCCUAAUCAGUGCAAAUCAUACGAGGUUGUCGCUGAAAUGUAUUCUCCGAGGAUGUACAUCACACAUCUGCCUAUUCAGUUCGUACCAAAACAGAUAUGGGAGAAGAAACCAAAGAUUGUGUAUGUAGCCCGCAACGCAAGAGACUGUCUAGUUUCAUUUUAUAAUUUCUUCAAGUCCGACCCACAGCCGUUAUCCUGGAAUGAGGCCUUCAACUUCUUCAUCUCAGAUGAGGUGGGAUACGGCUCGGUAUUUGAUCAUCAGUAUGGCUUUUGGAAACAUCGCAAUGAUGACAACUUCCUAUACGUUGAUUUUGAGGAUAUGAAAAAGGAUCCAGCCGGGAACGUAGCUAAAGUAGCCGCACACCUUGGCUAUGACCUCUCAGCUGAACAACUUGCUGAAGUCACUCGACUUUCAUCGAUCAAAGAAAUGAAAUCCACCUACGCCAGAAUUGAAGAGGAGCUGGGCCCCAAAGGAAAGUUCCUCACCCAUGCAGCUGGUAUAUUACCAUUUCUUCACAAAGGUACUGUCGGUGGAUGGAAAAACAUAUUCACUGUGGCUCAGAAUGAAACAUUUCAGAAACAUCAAGAGAUGAAGAUAAAAGACUUUGAUGAGGAGUUCAAGAAAAAGUUCAACCUCUGAAUCUGGAAUAGGGAGAAGGGAAGGUCAUGGGAUUCACAGUCAUGAUCAAGAACCUUCAUAAUACUUUCAUAUAUAUUGGGAAAGGUUAGUCUACAGAAUGAGCAAAAUUGAUAAAAGUGUAAUGCUUUGAUGAUUGUUGGAGGAUACUUUAUCUGUAUUAAUUUUCUGUCCCAUUUAAGGAAACAAAUCUUUAACAUAAUUUGACAAUUGAGUUUGGAGCUGUUAGUCUUUGAAUGCUCCCUUGAAUAUUAUACAAUCUGUCGUAUCUAAUUUGCACAGCUAGGUUCGGAUAUAUUUUAGAAAUAAAAGGAGGAAAAUUAGGCAGAAAUAUUGAAUUUAUGUUAUUUUAGGAAGCAAUAUGAUGGUUUACCAUAAUAAGAAAAAUAGAAUAAGGUGAAUAAUGUAUUUUAACUUAUGUAAGCAUUUAUUUUAAAAUGCAAUACAACGUAUCAGCGGGAUGGUAGGCCUCUAUUUUAUAUUUUCACAGAUUUUGAAAUACAUUUUUUUAUCAUAAGUUAUUAGGCGUACAAUGACAUUCAUUUCUAUUUCAAAAUUGGUCUAUCCUCACUAAGCUACAUGGCCCAAGGGAAGCGGGGGUUCAGCACCCCCAAGAAUUUCCCUGGGGGAUGCUGGAUGUAUUAUUUUUAAUAGGCAGCACCCCCUGGAAUUAUGGUAGGUGUGGAAAAUUGAAAAAUGUAACCAAAUGACAUAUAUAUUUUUUGUAGUGGAACCUUUUUUCUUUCUUUUUUUUUUUGCUUGUCAAAUUUCUCUGGACCAAAAUGACCUUCGUUUUGUAGUGAAACCCUUUUCAAAUUUACAUCAGCACCCCCGUUCCCAGGGCCCUGCUAAACUGUUUGUAUUUUCUGCAGGAUCCUUUCCCCGCCGAACCCAGGAUGUACCAGUAAAGGGGCGCAAAAUUAUCACACCUUUUCUUCAAAGGUUUUCAAGCAAACAAAAUAAAUAGGUCAUCACAUUUUCGACUUUCCUGAAGAAAAAAAAGUCACCACUCUAAUUACCUACCCCCCCCCCCCCCCCAAGCCAUGCAAGUGGUCAGACUAAUUUCUACACGGUGUUCACAUACAUGUAUCUAUUUCGGCUAAAAUCCAUUCCACAUCCGCUAUUGUUUUUUUAAAGAAAAAUCAUAAUCGUAUAUCAUCCAGGUUUCCGUAACACAAUGGUUAGCGAUUAAUCGUAUGCUUGAUUUUCACGAUGAAUUGUACAUCAGUCAUUGUAAUCAAUCUUAAUAAAAAUGUUUCUAUGAUGAUUGCUACGCUUUGUGUUAAGGGGUCAAUGGGGCACCCCCCCCCCCCCCUCUUGAUUGGUCAGUGGAUCUUGAUACCUUCAUUUUGUUCAGUUUAUUUAUGUUGUAUUAAAUUAUAUAGUGAUGCUUAAUUUUAUAUAAGCAUAAGGAACAUACAUGUGUACGUCUUUGUGUAUCAUGAACUUAUAAAUCGAAUUUUUGAACAAUAUGCAACAAAUAUGUUCUCCAUUGAAUCUUAUUUUUGCGUGUGGAAGUUAAUUGAAUGAAAUUCUAUUGUUCUUUAAGAAAGAUAAAUUCAUAGAAGAUAUUUAAAAUGCUUAGUGAGAAUAAAUGGAAUAAUGGAAUAAAUGUAAAGGGUUUAUCUUUAUUUGUUUUUUCUUUCUUUGAUAUUCUUACAUAAUCUAAACAUGUAACUUAGUUUCAAACACCGAGUGUCAUUAUCCGUUCUUCCCCUUUCUUCAUAUUACACUGCAAAAGCACGUCCAGUGUUGAUUGAACACCAGUCCGGUAUCUAUAUUGGUAAACACCAGGAAAGUAUUGAACAACACCAGUUAAGAAUCAAACCGAUGUUGGUUUAACAUUGAUUUGUGUUGCUUAAAUGCCUAUCUGGUGUUAGCCUUAAAGCCGAAGUGGUGCUGUUACAACACCUCUGUGGUGUUUUUCUAUAUAUAUACCGAACUGGUGUUGAAUAAACACCGGUAUUUUUGCAGUGUAUUCUCCUCUUUUUUAUCACAACAUUGUGUAUGGGUUCUUAUGUGUAUCUAAUGUUUAUUGCAGUAGCGUAAUGAGUUAAGAAUUUUGAGGGGGUGCAAGGGCGUAUGGUAACAUUUUUUUAUUUAAAAAAAAUUUGAUCCUUUUAAAAGAAGAUAUAAUUUUGUAAUAAAUAUUUGACAAAAUGUAAAGGAAAUUAUAUCAUAUUUCACCAUUUUCUAUUCCUUUUCUCCCUCUUUUUUCGUGGUCGUUAUUGUGUCGGGAUACAUGGCCCCACAGCCCCCUCCCCCAUCUAUACGCCAGUUGUUACAUAUCGGGGAGUGUGUCAUGAAAAAUAUUGUCAGCUAUUUUCACCGAAUAUUUUUGUUUUACUGAGCCAAUCAGAUGCUACGAUUUCAGUAGCUUAUGACAAUAGUCAGUGAAAGUCACUGGCAAUUUGUUUCAUGAAAUGCUGCCUCUAAUCCUAAAAGGAAAGUGUUCAAGAGGAACCGAGCUAAAGAAAUGGAUUUCGAAUUUAUUGCCGUAAAAUAGCUCAUUAAAAGACGAGUCUUUUGAAUUAAAACGAUUAGAAUUUCGAGAAGUUUAUCAACC